GCAGACAUGCUUUUCGCACGGCCUGUGUGUUCGUCUAACUUUGCUUUCUCCGCAUAAAACAAUACAUCCAGUUCUCCAUUUUUUCUUCCCUCGAAGGCCACCCACCCCACCGCGCGUUGAGCCGGAUAAGGAUAGGCUGCCGCUUCGUUCCAUGGUGGGCUCAGUGCGCGUGCGUAGUUGGUAUUACGCAGCGGAAGCACCACAUAAGCACACCGGAACAGGCAGCCCUGCUGGCCACUCUCGGCAGCGGAAGGCGGUUCGUCUCUCCCCCUUCUCUGUGCCGCGGUUGUCUCCCCGUUUCUGCUGCCGACUAAAGCGCCGGACAGCUUCUGUUUUCUUCCGUCUUUCCGUGCCGCGUAGUUGGCGGCGGACUUUGGAAAGGCGUCAGCCACUUCAUUUGGAUACAUUCGACGGGAAAACACAAACUAAGUAGGUGGUGAACUCGGUGUUGUGGAGAAAAUACGCCCUCACCCGGGGAGGACGGCACUACGGUGUCGGGCAAACAUCGUUAACGCAUCCGCACGCCAGAAGAGGCCAUCGAAAAUCAAUUUUCCUUUUCUGUUUCCUUUGCUUCUUCAUCUCCACAAGUGACACCAUAGAACACUAGCGGUAUAGCUCGCCGUGCGGUGAACUGCUCAAAGAGUCCCCGCAAGCACAACCGCAGCAGCCAAGGGCUGAAGAGACAAUGAAGCCGGCGAAGGUAAACAUGCACGGUGCCUUGCCGAGCAACGCCGAAGAUGUACCGGACAAUGACGCCACGCUACUGCGUCGACUCAGCUGCGACAACGGUAGCAACGAGGCGGAGAACUCCAGCAAAGCGGAGAUUGCAGACGUGCCCACGGAGCACGACGGCACCGAGCGGGAUGCGUAUCGCUCGCUUCUGCCGGUGACGUGCCUCCAGCUGCUGCGCACGGUCACGCAUCGGUGGUGUCCUUCGUGGUUGUUAUCGACUGGCACGGCCGCCGCGCAGAGUGUGUCCAAAGCGCACCACCGCUGUUGUUCCGACCUGUCGCAACUUCCCCCCAACAAGACCCGCAUGCGCCGCCGUCACCUCGGCGUGCUGCUGGGCAGCUGCGCCUGUGCCGUGCGCGCCACGAAGCUCGGCUGCCUGCGUUUGCUUCACUGCGUGCGCCACGGGUGCCGGUCGCCGCGGCCCUCUUCGCCGGAGCCACCGCAGCCCCGCGCCCCUCGCCGCUCCGACCCCGUUCACCGAUGCCGGCGUCGCGCUGCCUUUGCUGCCUCGGGGUCGUUCCUGCUUCUCUGCCUCGCCGCAUUGGUCGAUCUGAUCUGGGUGGCCAACACUCUCAGCAACGACCCCUACACCGCCCUGCGCAUUGAGCUUCGCGUUGCCUACCCGGCUAAAGUCGCAGACGACGUGGUGCGGAUAGUGAAACGUCGAGAGUCUGGGCCGCUGGGCCACACGCCGGCCGUGGGCGUCUUCUCCACCCGCGCACAGACGAUCCACGCGUACGUCGAGGAGCGUACGGUGUCCCUUCUUGCUUCGUUGUAUGCUCAGCGACACCCGAACGAGAUGCGUGCCGCAAGAGCACGGGUGGCGAGCCUGCAGGGCAAGAUGGACUGCCCCACGCCGCCCAUGCUUGGCGAGUACGCGCCAAGGCGCAUCGACUCCUUGAUCUCGGACGCGAUGUUGUCCCGCAUCGCGAGGGACGGCGUGGCGGUGGGUGCGUGCACGCUGGAGGUGGCAAGCUCCGCGCUGCUGCGGUGCACGCACGGGGUGCCGACCCUCGCCGCACCUCGGCAUGACGCCGGCGCCUCUCCGUCGACGACGGACGCCAUCUUCGACUCGCUGUGGGCCGCCUUUGCGAACGCGAGCAGGGCGGCGCCAACGCCGCCGGGGUGCCUGGCACGCCGCCAGAACCGCAUGCCGUGCGCGGACGUGGGCACCGCGGCGGACAGCCGGCCCGCGAUGACAGUCGGUGUGCCGCCUGAUGAGCGCAGUCGGGUGCGGUUCCUGUAUGAGCACGGCCGGGUGGGCGUGGACGGCGGUGCGGUGGCGGAGCUGUACUACGACUACACGCCGGGCCUGCCGGCGGAGGCGCGCGAGUGGCGGGUGCAGACGCUGAGGAUGGGCAGGGCGACGGACGCGGAUCGUUUUCAUGCGCACGCCCGCGCCCAGGAGGAGCGCUUCCGCCGCACCACUCCGAGGGGCGCCGUCGACCCGGCAAGCCCCCCGUCGGCUGUCAUUCUCUUUCUCGCUGGUGCGGCGGAGAGAGGCCCGAGGCGUCGCAACGAAUUCAUGCUGCACGCGCUGCCGCUGCUGGAGAAGCACCUGCUUCAAAUCUACCCGCACUACCCGGUGCACGUGUUCUACGAGAUGAAGAUGCCGUCGCCUGCGUGGUCGCUGACGGACGUGUAUCGGCACUCGGACGUGUACACGAUCCUUCAUUCUUGGCAGCCACCCGACGCGACGGCGCCGACCCAGGCGACGCAGCACGUUCGUAUUCCGCCGCCGCCGCCGGUGCUGGUGGACGCUGCGGACAAGCUGCGGGUGCUGCGUGCGCAGCAGGCGGCGGCGCGGAGCUGGUUCGAAGACGUUGCAUCGCGCGUGCCGUCGGCGCCGUACGUGACCUUCGAGAACGUCGGGCCGCUCUUCUCUACGCUGCCGUGCGGUGUGACGGAGGAUGACGUGUCGGUAUGGGCGAAGGGCCGUAGCUCGCGGUACGGGCACCGCCGCGGAUAUCGGCAGAUGUGUCGGUUCUGGGCCCAGCUUGUGUGGCGGCUGCCGUCGCUGCGGAUCUCGACGGGUUCCGCGGAGGGCUUGCGCGAGGUGGCUGCGCUGCCGCCGUGGCGUUUUCGCUACGCGUACUACCUGCGCCUCGACACGGACUCCUUCCUGCACCGCCCCGUGGCAUGCGACCCGUUUGCGACGAUGAUGGCGCAGCGGUGCGCGUACGGGUACAACGCCAUUGUUUUGGACGAGAAAUUCGUGACGGAGCACCUGGGGAGUGCGAUUGCGGAGUGGAUCGGCAACCGGACGAGCAUCGGGGGCGUGGAGCGCGCGCUGGCUGGCGUGAAUGCGACGGGCGGUGCAGGGGAGGUGCGUGGCUGGGGCCGGCUGGGUGAUCCAGCGGCGUCGAGCAUGGUGACGCUGGUAUCCGCCGCGGCGAGGGAGGAGCUGCCGCCGCUGCCACCGACGUGGCCGUGGCCGAACGUGUUCCCGGAGCACAGCAGCGCUGCGCUUUCCGCCGCGGAGAAGGACGUGCUGCGCACACAGUUUUUUACUGAGGAGCCGCCGGAUGGCCGCAGAGCUGCUUCGGGGCCACUGCGGGCAGAGGAGAGCCCCGUGAGUGCUUCGUAUACGCCGCUGCCCGCGGGCUUCGCGACACAGUCCACGUACAACCGCAGGAUGUACUUCAACAACUUCGAGCUGGGCACGUUCGCCCUCAAGGCCCACCCUCUGUACACGUCACUGGUGGAUUUCGUUGACAAUCGCGACUACGACGACGUCACGGGGCCUGCGCGGGAGGCGGCGAGCUUCGACUACACGCUCAAGCUGCUGCGUCCCGACGACGCGGAGGGUGUGGUGGUCGGUGGGAACGCCUCCGUGUACGCGACCCCUGUGUAUCUCCUCCUCCGAGCAUCGGAGAGCGCGUCCCCCGGUGCGCCGGCCACGAACGGGUCGAGCUCGCCGUGCCUGGGCCGUCGGCUGAACGGGCGUGUGGGCGCGGACCCCGACAUGAAGCUGAAGGCGCGCGACAUCGACCGCGACUGGCGCUCGGGGUACUUUCAGCACCGCUGGGGCGAUGCGCCGGUGCACUCGGUGGGCGUGGAGGCGGUGAUGCAGCGUGAGGGCUGGGCUGCGUGUGCGUUCGCGAGCGACUUCGGUUUAUACCAACACGGCCAGUUUAGGCCAGCAAGCGCUAGAGUUUAA